AUGCGAUCCAUCUGGGCGAAAAUCCCCACUGCUCAACCGGCCGUCACUCAAACCGUCCACACAGCCACGUCCUACGACGGGGCUGAGAUCCAGAUCAUCCGCUUCACUACCUCAGCUCAUUUGCAGAAAAGAAAAAGCAGCAGAAGAAGUGAGGAUUUGUCACCAGCUUGGCUCUACUUCCAUGGUGGCGCCAUGAUAGCGGGCGAAGUGAUACCCGCUCAAGUGUCCAAAUUAGUCGCCGACUCGGGCGUGCAGGCUUUUGGGGUCGUGUACCGGAUGCCCCCUGAAGACCCGGCGCCGACGCCGGUGGAGGACUGCUAUGCCGCGUUGAAGUGGGUUCACUCGCAUGCUUUGGAUCUGGGCAUUGAUCCAGCACGUCUGGGUCUAAUGGGAGACAGUGCUGGGGGCGGCCUUGCGACAGGAACGGCACUAAUGGCGCGAGAUAGGGGGCUGGAUCCACCGGUGGCGAGGCAGCUGUUGAUUUACCCCAUGUUGGAUGAUAGAACUAUUAUGAACAUGAGUCCUGACGGUCCGUUGGCGGGGUUUGCGUCGUUGCCGUUGGAGGAUAUUGUGUUAGGAUGGGAGGCAUACUUGGGCAAAGAGAAUGCCGGGAAGGCGAGGGCCGAGGUUACUGCGUAUGCGGCACCGGGCAGAGCAAAGGAUUUGAGGGGGAUGCCGGCUACGUAUAUGGAUGUGGGGAACUUGGAUUUGUUUCGGGAUGAGUGCAGCUUGUUCGCCGCGAGACUGGCUGCUGCUGAUGUGGACGUCGAGUUCCACAUGUUUAGCGGGGUUCCGCAUGGGUUCGAGAGUGCGUGGAGUAUUGCUAUUACGGCGAGGGCGCUGGCGGGGAGGAUGAGUUUUAUGACGAGUUUGUAG